AGUCGUAAGUGCCAACCAGUUUCUAAUAUUUAUAAAUGAAAUAAUGCUUUUAAAGCCUUUUCUACAGACGUUCAGACAACACCAAACCCUUUUGUUAUCCUCCCUUCAACAUGUUCGAAGAAAAGAAUGCCUAUCCUUAGUUUGUCAUUAUUGUCAUCAAAAAACUGCUGAGGUCAAUACUGGCAAAUAUGAAAACAGUAACCCAGUUGAAGAUGAAAACAGUAACCAGUUGUCUUCAAAUAAUUAUGAAUACUUCAAAUCAUUUAUAGAAACUGCUGCAGAAAAGAAACUUCUUAAAAACUUUCCUCAUUCCGGUACACUUAUUUCUGACAAAGGCCAUUUUCCUGAUGGAAAGCAGUCUUCAACACUGGCUGCAACAGAAAUUGAUGAACAAAAGAAUCUCAGUAAAACAACUGACUUUUUUGAAAAACAGAGAAAUGUAUUAGAACCUACUGAAAAAUCUAUUCUUCACCAGAAAGAAACAACUGUUGAACAAUAUCCAAAUGACUCAAGUAUCUACAAAGAAUCUGAUACAGAACAACCACCUGAUGCUAAAUUACCCAGUGUUACCAAACCUAGCACUGUUUACAGACCCAUGUUCAUUAGAGAAGAACCAGUUUAUAAUCUUGCAUUUUAUGUGAAGGAAUCAAAAACCUUACAGCGACUCGUACAGCUGGGUGUUGAUCUUUCACAUGUUGAAAAAGUGAAAGGCGCUUCAGAUCAUAUUCUUAAGCAAGACUUUGAUUCAAAUAUUCAACCAUAUUUGAAUUUUUUAAUGAGCAAUGGUGUUUCAGAAAAAGAUUUGGGAAAUUGCAUCACAAAAAAUCCUCUACUUUUUCAGAUUGAUGUGAACAGCCUUGAAUCUAACAUCAGUUAUUUGCAAUCAAAAAAUUUUCCUCUCGAUGGAAUUGGGCGCAUAAUUACCCUUGCUCCUCGAUUUCUUUUGAUGUCAGUUUCUGCCAUAGAUGGCAAACUUGGAUUCUAUCAAAGUUUUUUCAAGCUAACAGGUAAUCAAAUCCGAGAAGUAAUAUGCCGACUACCAAAACUUAUCACAUAUGACAUCAAAGCAAUUAAAGCAAUCCAUUUUGAAAUGAAAGAAUUUCUUGGUUUCACAAAUUCAGAUCUACAAAAAAUAUUUUUGUUAGUUCCAAAAGUUUACUUUUCCAAUAAAUAUCUUCUCACUAAUAAAUUUGAAUACCUUCAUCAUGAAAUGGGCUUGAAUCAUGUACAAUUAGUUCAAUGGCCACAAAUAUUCCGAACACGCCUUUUCAAAAUUAAGGAACGGCAUCAAUUUUUGAAAUACCUUAAACGAAACCAGUAUGACCCAUGCAAAGAGAACUAUGUAUCAUUAAAAGCUUUGGUUACUCAGACUGAUAAAGAAUUUUGCACAACUAUUGCUAAAUCUUCUACAGCUGAGUUUAAUCAAUUUCUAAAAACAUUGUAAUUUAAAGCAUGUAUAUAGGCAAAUUCUUAGAAAAGAAUGUCAAAGCUUAUUAAUAUUUUAAUAAAUAACUUUGAACUUA